AUGUCAUUUUCAUCACAUUAUUCACUCAACUCUGAUGAGGAAGAAUAGAGACCUCCUUAUAUUUUAUAGUCCCCAAAGAGUGAGCCGAAAAAAGAAUAAGAAUAUAUAGAUGAGUUGAAAAAUGAGGAGUAAGAAGAUUAGAAUAUUUCGGCUGGAAUACAACUAACAGCAAGUCCAGGUCCAAUCAAAGUUCUUAGCGUUUUGGAUGUAAAUACAGAUCAUUUUGAGUCGUAUCCUUUUGAAACACAGAUAAAUACAACGAAAAUAGAUGAGGAUUUAAAUGAAUUGGAUGCUUAACAAGUAGAUUCAUGCAAUGAUAGAAAAGAAAGGAGGUAAAAAAGAAAAAGGGAAAAAGAUCGUCUCAGCAAGAGAACCCAUAAUAUUGAUUUGAACACUCAACCAGAUGAAGCCCCCAAUAAUGAAUUUGCCGUUGUCAAAGAAGAACCAUCUCUUGAGUUGCUAGAAACUGAGCCUGUAAACACUAAUGAAAACAGGGAUCUGGAGAUGGAACUCAUGCUUCAAGAAACAGCUAAAAUAGAUUAGAAAUAGGAUGAAGAUGAAGAAGAAAUGUUAAUAAAUGAAUAGCAUCACUCCAAUUAGAAAGAUCAGGAUUAAACUGAAGAUAUUAUAGACGAAAUUGGAGAUAAUAAAAUUGAGGAUUAGAUGGAAGACGAGUUAUUAGAUAAUAUUGACUUCAAGAAUGAUAUUCCAAUGAGGUAGAAUUCUCGGGAUCAAGACAACUUUCUUCCUGUUAUUAACGAUUCUCCAUAAUUCUAUAGCCCUUAGCGGCAAUAAUCCUAACCGUUCACUAAAACAAGCAAGAACUAAGAGGAUGAUUUGUUGGAUGCAAAUGAAAGCCCUAGAAGAUAGGUAUCACAUCCUUCUUAACUACUUCUUGCGUCAAAUAUUAAAGGGGACAGAAAGUCCACUCUAUCUAUUAUUGAGUUGACAAGCAUCAAUCAGGAUUUGUAAAAAUUACUAUUUGAUGACUCCAGCUAAAUAUCUAAGCCCUCAGGAAGAAAUAUAAUGGACAACAUGAGCAUAACUUCGGGGAGAAAUCAACCAUAACCUUUUUUAAGAAUAAAAAAAACUCUGAAGCCCCGAUAAUCAGAGGAAAUGAGUAAUAGCGCUCGAAGUAGUGCAAAGCACCAGUAACAGUAGACAGAGAGUAAAUUAAUUAAUAGAACAAUAACUAAAAACCUUAGAGAUAUCUAAGUUAAACGUAAGCAUGAACUAAAUGAAACUCGCUAAUCAUUUUCCACAAUCAUUAGUGAAAUUAAAAUUCUAGAACAACUCAAGAAGGAGACUUAAGAUUUCUAAAGCAUUAGGCCUCCAAUUAAUAUUACAAUUGGUGUAGAUGAGGGAUAGAAAAGUUUGCAAGAAACGAUGAUUUUGUCUCAGUAAUAGCAUAAAGCCUCAUUUAAUAACUCAAUGAAUUAGGAAAAAGCAAACACACCUGAAUCCCUUAAAGAGAUCAUCAAACCUAAGAAAGUUAACGUGAUAUCAAAGAAAAAUCUAAAAAAUCUUAAGCUUCGCUUAAAUGAGCAAAAUAAAAAAUAAAACUCAUCACAUUAAUCAGCUGUAUUGCCAUCAAGGUAGGCCAAAGAUUUUAUGUUGAGAAGAAGUAAUAGCCAGACGCAGAAGAAUAAUUCAGGGAAUAACAGUCAAUCUAGGUAUAACUUGAGAUCUAAUUCAAGAGAAAACAAGAGAACAAUUAACUUGGAGAGCAGUUUUGGAGAAAAUAUCUUAGCUCAAUCCAUACCCCAUACGACUAAAAAUAGUUUUAAAUAAAGUAAACUUAGCAGCACAAUGACUAAUUUCAGUAAAGUCAUCAAACAAAAUAACUUGUUUGAAAGUUAAACUUCAUCACAAAUGGUUCCUCGAUUAAAUCAGCAGCAUUCUGAUACAAGUUUGAAACAUCACUAGUAACCCAAAAACAAACCCCCAAUAGCUUAGAAGGGAAACAAAAAGCAAGCUCAAAGAUAAUAUAUGAACUCCUUAGAAAGUUUUAAAAAUCUACAAUAAAUCUACUCUGGAGUUAGCCAAAGUUCGCUCCUUAAUAUGAGCAGUGAAAAUAGAUUUACAAUCAAUAAUGAAGGUCCUCAGAGCAAGGAAAAAAGUCAGAGCAAUUCCAGAUAUAUUUCGCCUCAGAGAAGUACACAGUAAUUAUAAAUGAACAACUCCAUUAAUUUGCCUUUGAAUACUCCAACUAACUUUUACCCAUCACUGAAUGGCAAUUUAAAUUCAUUCUUACCGCCACAAGUACCUAAUAAAUCUCAUAGUCGAAUAGUUGGGACACCUGGCAAAAACAUUAUCAACACUAAUCACAACUCCUAUGUAAUGUUUGGAGUAAAUAUCAUUCAAAAGUCCUAGAUCGAUUGA